UUUGUUGGUAAAAUCGGGAAAAAAGAACGAACGAAACCCUUGUUUCCUCUCUUACCUAGUGUUGCGCUGUCGACGCAUCGCGGCGUGUGGCGCGGAGUGGGGCGCGGGCGGAGGCGAGGCGGCACGAUUGAAUCGCCGGGCUGAGAUUUCGCAGUGCCGGCAAGGUUUGUGGUCUUCGAUCACAGCCGCGGGGCAAAGAAUCGCAUCGAUUUGGCUGACCGCUUGCGAAAAUGCCAGCCAAGAAGAGAGUGUAGCUCGUUCUUGCGGGAGCUCGGUGGCCGGGAGCCCUAUCCUGGCGUGGGAAUUCAGUCACUCUAGGGAGCAGCAAUUGGGAAAUGCGGUUCUGGGAAGAGAGGCUCGUCCGGGAAGAAGAAGAACAAGGCAAAGAGAAGAAAGGUGGGACUAAGAACACAGCAAAGCUCUAGUGAAUGAGGAGGUGGAUAUGAGGGAUAUGAAUGCCACAGUUGAGAGUGAGACGACUACUACAGCUUCGGCACAGGGGGAGCCGCCAUGGUUACACGUCCGGCGGGAGCCAUUCGAGUACGGCAUGCUACCACUGCCGAGCUUGAUGCACCACGAUGGAGUUGGGUCUCUCCGGGAGCUCCGGGAGAAGCUGCUGGACAAGUCUAUCCCGCAAACAUCCUGGCAGUCGGGAGGAGCGAAUGCUUCCGAGGAUUCGUCAGCGAUGGCUCAGCAGCCAAGCAGACGCGUUGGUGUUGCUGCGAUUGUCGAGUGCUUGGGACUUUCGGAGGCGCAUGCUCUACUGGUGUUGGAUACUCUGGCUUCGGUCUUGCCAGAUGGAGACGACUGUGAUCAGCUGGCUCGGGCUUAUGCAGCGGAGAUUGACACAGUCGGAGCACACGUCGACGAUCUUCUUCUCUUCCUAUAUAUUCAGAUCUAUCGGAGGGUUCCUCCACGCUCUCACAAGGAUCCGGCGGCAGUAGCAGACGUUUGGCCUUCUACGUCGCCGUUUGAUGGAUUCUUUUCGACACUUUCGCCUUUGCAAGUUAGGCCUACAAGAAAAUCCGUUCCUUGUCAAGUGGAAGAGGAGGCGCACCAGCUUGCAUUCGUCCAGAAGCAUCUCUCAUCUUUACUGGCUUUGCUGGUCGAUCUGGAGGAAGACGGUGCAAAGGUUCUGUCAGUUGGAAGCUUCGAUCGUCUCGGAAUUAUUUUUCGGCCAGUUGACGCGCAAUGCAACGCAAGAUCGCUCAGCCAGACCGCUCCUUUCUUUGCGGGUUCUGAUCCGGAUAUGCCUGCUGUUCCGGUGCCUUUGGCUCAAGCACACGACUGGAUUUUGGAGCACAUUUCGACCCAAGCUCAACGAACAAAAUGUUCAGGCAAAGAAAACGGGCCGAAUGAAGAGAACGACAUCACUAUGAUUGAUGCUGUCGGGGCACAGGCAUGGGUUCCAAAUGGUGUGACCAAGAACAGGGAGUGGUGCUUCGAAGGGCUGACAUUCGUUGAUGGGGUGACCAAAGUAUCCACCAUAAAGAGCGAAAGCGAUGUCACUGGUGACACGUUGAAGGUAUCGAACUGUCACGAUGCGGUGGUUUACGUUCUGGCGCCAACUAAGUAUGCGUCUGUGUUUGGCUGCUCGGAUUCCAUUGUCGUCCUUGGUGCGGUUGGAAAGGCCGUGAGGAUAGAGCACUGCGAAAGAGUCCAGGUGAUCGUGCCCUGUGCAAGAAUCUGUAUAGCGAAUUGCCGGGAGUGCGUGUUCUUUCUGGGUGUCAAUCAACGUCCACUCAUUCUCGGUAAUAACUAUAAUCUUCAGGUCGCUCCGUUCAACACGUUUUAUCCAAAACUUGAAGCACAUCUUGCUCAAGUUCGAGUGGAUCCGACUGUCAACAGAUGGGACAAGAUUUUGACAUUGGGGGUUAUCGAUCCACAUGACUCCUUACCCCAUCCUGCUGGUGUUGCUGACGCUCAAGCGGAAGGUGCCAGCGUCGUUCCGCCGGAUAGAUUUACUAAUUUCCUGAUUCCAAGAUGGAACGGAGGAGAAUCCGAACAGAAUUUUACGAGGGCGAAUCCGUUUUUGUUACCGAAACUUUAUCUGAUGGCGCAGCAGCAGCGGAACAAGGCAAUGGAGAACUUGCGCCACUUGCUGCAGAAUGUUCCCCUGGACGAUAAUCGUAAGCGGGACCUGUCGAAUGCAAUUCACGCACACUUCAAGGAAUGGUUAUACGGGUCCGGAAAUAUUCGUCAGUUAUACGACCUUCAGAUCGCUGACAAAGGGACGGAGUGAUCUUGUUGUGGCCUGUAAAAGGUCUCUUUUAAAGCGCCAUUGACAUGAAGGCAUCCUUCACACUCAAGGCUCGGACGGCAUCCGAAUUGUGGAGGAAAAAGACACAAUGGUUUUGAUGAUGGAGUCCGAAGCUCCAGAGAGAUCGUUGUUGGUCAGGUUAGUCCAUUGCGGUUUCCGAUCCUGCUCAGCUGCUGAUGGUGUCUCCUUGCAGAUGUGCAAGGUAAGCUAGAUCUGUGUAUCAUUUGAAUGGCAAAAUAAUAUGAAAAUUUGCUUUUCUUU